AUGAAGCUCAUCGUCGUCGGCGCCACGGGCCUCAUCGGCACCGAAGUCAUCCGGCAGGCCCUCUCCCACCGCUCCAUCACCUCCGUCGUCGCUCUCGGCCGGCGUCCCACGCCGCCGCCCACGAGCAUCCCCGCCGGCGACCCGGCGCUCGACAAAUUCCAGUCGGUGACCCUGCCCGACUUUGCCCACUACCCCGACGACGUCAAGAGCCAGCUCUCCGGCGCCGACGCCUGUAUUUGGCUUCUGGCUAUUACGCCGACGGCGUCCAAGACGAUGGACUGGGAGGUCGUCCAAAACGUCUGCGUCGACUACGUGAUGGAGGGCUUCCGCGUGCUGCAGCAGCUGCCCCGGCCGCAAGGCGGCGGCAACAAGCCCUUGCGCUUCGUCUACGCCAGCGGCGCGAAAGCAGAGCGGGACCAGACCAAGAAGCCCUGGAUUCUCGGCGACUACACACUCAUGCGGGGCCGCAUCGAAACCCGGCUGCUCGACGCCACUAAGGAAUCUGGUGGCAUCAUGGAGACGUGCCUCCUUCGCCUUGGUCUGGUUAUGUCGCCUGAGAGGAUGGGAUUUGUCACGGGCAUGCUGGCCAAUGCCACCGCCAGCAUCAUUGGGCUCCCGCUCAUCGAUAUCCGGGAGAUUGGCGCUGCUGCUGUCAGCGCGGCCGUGCACGGCUUCAACAAGGACACGCUCGACAACGACGAUCUCAUCGCCAUGGGGCGCAAAGAGCUCAAGGAAAUGGGCGAGGAGCCGAGCACCUAG